AUGGGUGCAACCUGCAGUAAUUCUUGCUGUACUAAUGAUUAAGAAAUCAAUAGUAAAGGAGGCGCUGAUAAAUAAGAGGUUGUAUUAUCGAAAAAUAAAUCAUUAAAAGAAAGUCAAUAAAGAAAUAACAAAGAAACAGAGAGAUUUAACGCUGAUAAUGAUUAAGGCAAAUCUGAUGCUAGCAUUGGUAGCAUAAAGAAGGAGAACAUACUCAUACAAAGCACAAUCGGCAAAAUGUAGAGAGUCCAAUUAGAAGGUAUUGGUUUAAUUCAUUUAGAAAUCACUUUUUCUGAUGGAACUACUUAUAAAGGGGAAUGGAUGAAUGGAUUAAAGGAUGGAUAAGGAGUACUUAAGUGGCCUUCAGGCAGUAUAUAUUCUGGAUUUUUUCUGGAAGGGAAACUUAAUGGAAAAGGCAAGCUAGUAUUGGAGGAUGAAGAUUACUAUGAGGGUGAAUGGAAGGAUGAUAAAUGCAAUGGAUUUGGUGUUUAUAUGUGUAAAAAUGGGGCACGAUAUGAAGGAAAUUGGAAAAAUGAUAAGCAGCAUGGAAAAGGUAAAGAAAUAUGGUAAGAUGGAAAUACUUAUGAGGGAUUUUAUAAUGAUGGCAAAAAACACGGUUAAGGAAUUUUAAAAUUCUCAAAUGGUACUACUUAUGAAGGAGAUUUUUCUAAUAAUGAGUUGGAGGGAUAGGGAACAAUGUUAUGGGAUGAUAAAAGAGUAUAUAAAGGAUAGUGGAAAAAGUCUAAAAUGAAUGGUUAUGGUGUUCUGACAUUUCCAGAUGGAAGGGUUUUUAGAGGGCAUUUUUAAGAUGAUAAAAAGAAUGGAGUUGGUGAAUUUACUUGGAGUGAUGGCAAGAAAAUGGUAUCUACUUGGAAUAAUGGUAAAUUGAUAUACAAAUUAGGCAAGUAAAAUGGUAUUGGUAUUUGUACAAAUGGUGAUCGCAAAAUAGGAUAUUGGGAAGAAGGGAAAAGAACAAAAUGGCUAGAUGAAUAAGAAAGGAAAUUACAUUCUGAAUCCAUUUAAUAAUUAGAACUAGUAAAAUUUUUAUGA